CAAUGGCAACUGGCGUCAUAAGAAACCUCUCAGAAUUUAGGCUGUCUCCACCCUUCCAACAUCCAUUCUUAUUUCCAGCAUUGACCCAAGAUGUUGACUUUCAAGAUUCCUCGGAAGAGGAGGAUGACAUGUUGGAAGAGGACGGUAUUGAAGACUACCCCUAUGAAGAAGAGCAAGAAAUGAGGUCAACCAGCAAUGUAAGCAGCCAUGAUGCUUCCUUGGAAGAAAGUUCUACAGAGAUGACCGAGCAGCUCCUGAAAUUUUCAGAACUCAUCAGCAAUGACAUUCAAAGAUAUUUUGGCCAGAAGACCAAGGAAGAAGACCCAGACUCCUGCAACAUUUAUGAAGAUUACUUUACCCCUCGAAUGUAUGGAGGGCAGGAGUUGUACUAUCAAGACCUGGUAAAGAUGGCACAAAGCAAAGACCAUGAUAGAGAUGACUUGUUCCACCCACUCACCCCUCCCGUAGAGAUAGACCAUAAGAUAUUAAAGACCCUCUGCACCAAGGAAGAUCCCAAGAAGCUAGGCCCCCUCACCGAGCUCUUCGACUUUGGUCUUCGAAAGUAUACAAGGCAAAGGGUGGCAAUGGGUAAGGACGCCAGGCUACACAGAUUAGACCGGAAAUACGCUCAUAUUGUGCCUAUGCACAGACGGAUGCUACCCCUGUCAUUCUGGAAGGAACCAUCUCCUGUCCCAUCCUGUAUCCUGAAUACAAACACCCCUGACUUCAGUGAUCUCCUGGAAAACUGGACAUCGGACACACACCAGGAAUUACAGAGCACCGCAAGGGACCUAAUGAGUGAAUUCGGGAGAUAGGUCCACAUUGUGGUAACUUCUCCCUUCCCCAAAACUUAUCACAGCACAUAUUUCUAGAUAUUUUAGGAGCCUUUUCUAGAUUAGAUGCUGCUUGGUAUCUACUGUAGGUCAUUUCUCUGCUUGGUAGAACAUGGUCCAAACCUGUGCUCAACUAAUUUCUGGACCU